AUAAUAAAAGUUGGCAAACUAAUUUUCAAACCGAAUCAAAACUUUUGACUAUAGUUCUCCAGUUUCAGUGCGUGUGCAAAAAUAAAUAUAAAAAAGUUUCACCAAAGAAAAAAAAAAAAACUAGACAAAUCAAAACAAAUACUUCCACAGUUCAGAGACAAAGUUUUGCAAAAGUUCUUUAUUUAUUUUUUUUAGCGCUGAUCCCAUAAGUCAAUUUUGUUUUAUAAUUGACAUCAUUAAAGACCAAAGCGAGAAAUAGGAAAUAAAGAACAAAAAAUAGACAGCAAAAACAACAACAAGUGGAAUAUUUUGGCGCUUCGUUUCGUAUUACAUUCAUUGCAUGGACACGAAAUUGUUUUGAAAGUCUUCAUCAUCGCGGAGGAACUUGAAAAAUUCGUUAGCUAAACUUUUUAUGCAGUUUGCACUAUAUGUAGUUCCAGGUUUUUGUUUGCCUUUGCCUCCAUUUUGCUGCUCUCUCAAGUGCUGCUCGACAGCAUUUAAUGAAGCAAGUUUUUGCUUUUUAAUUUUCAUUCAAGUGGCAAGCAACAAAAAAAAAGAGAGACAAUUAAUUUGCUCUAAUUGUGUUUACCUUUUUUGGAUGACAGAGUUUGUGUAAAGAGUCAAGAGAAACAUAGAGAGAGAAAAAUAGAAGGACAAACCAAUAGAUCAGAGAUUGUGACAUUUGUGCAUUCGAGCGCGGAAUGACAAUGAGCCAAUGAGGCAAUAAUCUUUGGCAAAGGAGCAACACAAUUAUGGACACAAGUAAUCCCUACGAAGAAACCACAACAACAGCAACAGCAACAACAAUGGCCAUGUUCAAUGAAAGCCACAUUGUCGACAUAUCGACAACAACAACAACAAUACCCAUAACAACAACUACAGAUUUAAUGGAACUUGUUGGCAACUAUACGAAUUGCAGUAAUAAUGCCAACAUGAAUAUAACAGAAAUCGAAUCGGAUGAUUCAGAGGAUGAGGAAAUGCUGCGCAUUGCAUUUCUCAUUAGUGACUUUGUGAAUAAAUAUUAUACUCCAAUCAUUUGCUGCACGGGCAGCAUUGGCAACAUACUCUCCGUAUUCGUGUUCUUUAUGACUAAACUAAGGAAAUUAUCAUCGAGUUUCUAUUUGGCCGCCCUGGCUAUCAGCGAUACUUGUUUCCUGUGCGGUCUGUUUGUCCAAUGGCUGAAUUUUCUCAAUGUGAACAUCUACAACGAGGACUAUUUUUGCCAAUUCUUCACGUUCUUCAGCUAUUUGGCCAGCUUCUGUUCGGUGUGGUUUGUUGUCGCCUUCACCGUGGAGCGUUUCAUUGCCGUCAUGUAUCCACUGAAGCGUCAAAUCAUGUGCACUGUGCGUCGUGCCAAAAUUGUGUUGCUUGGCCUCACAAUGGCUGGCUGUGUGCAUUGUGUGCCCUAUAUAUUGAUUGCCAAGCCCGUUUAUAAUCCCAAAAUGAAUGUUACCAUCUGCGAUCUAAAUACGACUUAUAAGGAACAACUGGCGCUCUUCAACUACUGGGACUCGAUUGUUGUUUAUGCGGUGCCGUUUACCACCAUCACGGUGCUCAAUACAUGCACCGGUUGCACGGUUUGGAAAUUUGCAACAGUGCGACGCACAUUAACAAUGCAUAAGAUGAAACCACAGAUGACUAAUAUGCCAACAAACUCGACGACAACUGCAUCUGGAGGUGGAGGUGGUACAGCAUCAUCGUCGUCGUAUCGCAUUACGGCAUCGCUGAAGCGUCAAAAGUCAACUGGCACACAUCCAAGCGGACAGCAUAGUGUGACACGGCAAACGGAGCAGCAGCAGCAACAGCAACAACAUCAACAUCAACAUCAACUUGAGGCAGCAAACUCGCAGCAUCAUUGCGAGAUAACACAGAAACCAGGACGCCGCAAGGUGCAAAACUCGUCACAAUUGAAGGUUACCAAGAUGCUGCUCAUUGUGUCGACCGUUUUUGUGUGUCUAAAUUUACCGAGCUGUUUGCUCCGCAUCGAAACCUACUGGGAGACACAAACAGCCAAGACACAGAAUACAACAAUUGUUCUACAGUAUAUUUUCAAUGCGUUCUUCAUAACAAAUUUUGGCAUCAAUUUUGUGCUUUAUUGCGUGAGCGGACAAAAUUUUCGCAAAGCGGUGCUCAGCAUUUUCCGACGUGUCUCAUCGGCUCAACGUGAAGGCAUCACUCAAGUGACAGUCUCGGAAUAUUGCCGCAACACCGGUACCUCAACCAGGCGACGCAUGAUGACACAACACUGCUGGAAUGAGAUGCAUGAGUUGCAUCCACUUAAGUGAAGCAGACUCACGAAAACACCUCCAGAAAAUUGCACGAAACGCAAAUGCAGCGCGAGGCAAGCAAAGCAGAGAAUACCCUAAGGUGUUCGCAUUUUAAUUAUAUGAUUUGCACAAAAUGCAAAAGGAUAUCUUAGCUAUUCGUAAAUUAAAGCAUAAAAAAAAGAAAACGAAAGAAAAACCUGUUUGUGAUGUUGCUAAAGCCAAAGAAAACUAAAAAGAAAAAAAAUGAGCAAAGAAUAAAACGUAAACGUAAAACGAAAAAACAAAAGCGUUGAAACGCUUUAUAAAAAAUCUAGAAGAACUUCAGCUUAAAUUGAUUUUACUCGUAAAAGAAACAAGGAAAAUUGUAAAUUUCAAUUACCAAAUAGAGCUUUUUUUAUAUGCAAGAUAACAUCGGGAAUAUUAGUUGCAAAGCUUAGAAUGCAACUAAAAACAAGAAAUACACGCUACCGUCUUUUAAGAAAAAAAUACUAAAAUAUACCGAAUUAUAUAUGUGGUAUUAAUGUAUUACUACUGCAUUCAAAAUAUACUGUACACAAAUGAAAAAAUCUAAGAGAUUAUAUUUGUUGUUUUCAAGAAAACCUUUCAAUGUUUAUGAAUAUUUUACGCAAUUCGAAUUUGACAUUUAAAGAAAGAUUUAUAUAUUGAUUUUUGCCGAUGUUAAGCAAGCGCCCAUCUAUUCUAUAAGCACCCAUACCCAUAUCGUGACACAAUUAUAGAGACCGAAAUAAAUUAACAAAAUAAACGCUUUGGGUAUGAAUUUGUUUACACUCUGAACCGAAUUUGAGUAAAACUUUAAAAGCGCCGACGGCAACUCGUGGUGUUAUCUCUGUGGUAUUAAUAUAUGCAUAUGGAUGUAUGUAUAUAUUGUUCUUACCCCCUCAUUUAUGUGUAUGUGCGCAUUAACAUUAAACUAAUUAUGUUUUAAAUGAUGCUUAAUUGACAAUGCGAUAAUUGAAUUCAUUAUAAAUCAAAAUGCAAUAGUCACAACAAUAUUAACCACAAUAUGCUAAACUCUUAAUGGAUAUAUUGUAUAAUCAAAAUAGCAAAAACCAAAAAAAAAACACAAAUUAAGUCUAUUUUAAUUGGAUCGUAAUAAAUGUUAGUUAUGUUCACGCAAAAUGAAUUUUGACUUUGGGGAGGGGAAAAAAGGCGAAAAACAGCCCAAAGAAAGUUUCUAAUUAAGCUAAAAAUAAAGGAAACUUACAUCGCUCGAUUUCAUAACAAUUUUGAUGUGGAUUGAGGAAUUUAGGGAGCCAGGGAUCUAUGUCAGAAAUGAGCCCAUUAAACGAUUUCCAUUUGGUCAAGUGGAGGCAAGCCAACCUGCAACAUUCCCUUAAGCUGGCCAAAAGUACAAGCACUAAGCCACCCACCUGGACAAUUUGCCCAAUGGCCAUAAUAUAACAACAACAACAACAGUAAGAAAAACAAAAGUUAAGCUGCUUAGGUGCACGGGAAAAGGUCAGCACAAAGCUUGUCAAGUGCAGGCAGCGCGUUGGCUUAUAAGCCACAACGAUCCGAAUUGGGCCGGUUUAAAGCUCAACUUUAGGACAAACAGCCGAAAACAACGAGCAACCAGGAACCAGAAACGAGCAACAAUAACAAUCACAAAAACACACAGAAAGUCUCUCAAUUUUACGCCUAUAAAAACAUACAACUUGUUGCUUACAAUCCCUAAAUU